UCGGUUUUACAGCCUGAUCGAUGUUUACAUACAACACAAUACCCGAGGUACAAUCUUGAAAAUUUCGCAUUAUUCGGCUCGUGAUUUGUCUAAUCUUGGAGACUGGAUUGAGAAGGUUGAUAGAAAAAUCGUUUAAAAUUGUUGUGAUGAGAGAAAAAUUAUUUGAAAAAUCACACGAAGUCCUGGAAAAUGAAGUAAAUACGAAAACAACGUCAAAUUUUUCUACAGAAUUUAUUUAUAAAAAUAGUUUUCGAAGAACACAAUAUUUAUUUAAAAAAGAAAACAAUUGAAUCGAAUGGACGAGAAAUGAUACAAGAUACAAAAAAGAAAUUCAAGAUUCAGUGCAAGAUGAAAAGUAAUUAAAAUUGUGCCAAGGGCGUGCAAGUUUAUGAACUAUUAUCCGAAAACACGCAAUAACAAGAAGAUUAAUGGAAAAUUUCGUGCAAGCUCUAGUCUGGGAAACCCUAAGCGAUGGCCAUCUUGCCCCCUCAGGCCCCGAUUGCAGUAGAUUGAGUCAUCGACGACACCCCCCCCCCUCCUCCAGAGGGAGAAAAGGGUUUUACUGUCUUAGGAAAUCGAUGUUUCUAAUUGGUCGGGCCCAAAGGAUUAGGUUGGGCCGGGGACAGCCAUAAACUGUAUAAAUUGGCAAGGAAUGCUACGUCUAUACUCAGUAGCCUCUGAAACGUGUAAGUAGUCGGUGCAUAACUAGUCAGGUGAAUAUUUCAAGUGAACUAAGUGGAAAAAUAGUUGUCGUUGUGAAGACAUCAGCAAAGCUAGGAAGAUGAACAAUCAUACAUCUCGGAAUAACAUGACCGCCAACAACUCACCUCCGUCAUCGACGAGCAUCGAAUCUUCGCCCAAUUCGUCCAUGUCCAACUGCACUAACGAUAUCAACGCUAGGUAUAUAUACCAGAACGUUUUGACUACGGACUACAACGAGCGAAUCUUGCGGAUGAUGAACCCAGCCCAGAUGAGGCCCAGCAAUACGACGUGGAUGAAUCAAGAACAGAGGGAAUACUUGCAGCAGACACAGGCAAGAAUGCAGCAGAUACGGCCAACAAUGCAGCAGAUAUGGCCAACAAUGCUGCAGACACGGCCAACAACGCAGCAGAUAUACCCAACAAGGCAGCAGAUACAAGCAACAAGGCAGCAGAUGCAGCCAACAAGGCAGCAAAUACAAGCAACAAUGCAACAGAUGCAAGCAACAAUGCAGCAAAUGCAGCCAACAAGGCAGCAAUUACAAGCAAUAAUGCAUCAGAUGCAGCCAAUAAUGCAGCAGACACAGGCAACAAUGCAUCAGAUGCAGCCAGCAAGGCAGCAGAUACACGAAACAAUGCAUCAGAUGCAGCCAACAAGGCAGCAGAUACAGGCAGCAAUGCAUCAGAUGCAGCAAACAACGCAGCAGGAACAGGCAAUAAUGCAUCAGAUGCAGCCAACAACGCAGCAGGCACAGGCAAUAAUGCAUCAGAUGCAGUCAACAACGCAGCAGACAGAGGCAACAAUGAAUCAGAUGCAGCCAACAAUGCAGCAGGCACAGGUAACAAUGUAUGAGAUGCAGCCAACAACGCAGCAGGCACAGGCAACAAUGUAUGAGAUGCAGCCAACAACGCAGCAGACAGAGGCAACAACGCAGCAGGAGCAGAUUGCUAAUGUAGCAGGAACGUCUUCAUCAUCGGUACAAGGAGCGGAAAAAAAGACUAAACGCACCCGAACAGCAUACACCAGUGCGCAAUUAGUUGAGCUGGAGAAAGAAUUUAACCGUACCCGUUACCUGUGUCGCCCACGACGUAUUGAAUUGGCUGCAGCACUUUCUUUGACGGAGAGACAAAUCAAAAUCUGGUUCCAAAAUCGGAGGAUGAAAUAUAAGAAGGACCAGAUUUUGACCUCCGAAAAAGUUAAUGCUGCAAAUCUGAAACCAUCCACUUCGUAUGAAAAUACAGACGUCGCAUCGAGCGCCAAUUGGAAUAUCGAAAACGUAGCGAUGAAUAAUAUGGCGCACACGUACCCGGGUAUCGCCGCAAUCAGUACACAACCACAACCACAACCACAACCACAACCACAAACACAAACGCAACCACAAACAGAAACAGGCAUGUUCAAUUGUCCCCAGUAUGGCAACCAACAGAUGCACACUCCUGAGAAUGCGACUUACUACAUUGAUCCAGGACCGUCAACACAACAUCACUUUACGAAUCCAUAUUUACAUCCAACAUACAAUCAUACAAUGUACAAUGCACAACCACAAUACGAAAGCCAAAUGCCAUAUCCACAGGCAGAAAAUGCAGAUUAUACACAACGUAGUUCGCAUAUAGAUUCAGAGGAGAACACGUAUGAGAAUCAUCAGAAUUUGGAUAACAACGUUCAAGAGCAACCGACGGCAACGCAAGACGUGAACGACCAUACACACGCUAACGCGUGUGAUGUACCAAAUUCGGAAGCAGAGGAUUCAACAUUGCAGGAAGCGAUUCGGAGCAGCCUGUUGGAUCUUCAAGAUUUAAUAGAUAUGUGAAUUACGUAAAUAUGUAUAAAAAUUUGCAACGACUUUCGGUUCUUGUAAAUUUAGUAAAUUUCUGAAUUUAAUG